AUGAAGGUGGGGUUCGACGUUGUACAAGCGAGGGAAACGCAGACUUGGGAACUCUCGCGACCCGCCGACGAGGAAGUCCUUUUGACGACAAACGAGAUAAACCGCAAGGACCCACCCGUUCACCACAUCACUCCAGCCUCCAUCCCAGUCCUGUCUUCUCACCCGGUCUCAUCCAUCCGCCCUUUCGCCACCGUCACCAUGAAGGUCACUGCUGCUUUGUUCAUGAUCGCCGGCGCGGCCGUCGCCUCUCCCGUCCCGGCCCCGAACCCCGUCGCCGAGCCCCUGCCGAUGCCCACUCCCCUUGGCAUCCCCACCGCCGCCUCGGCCAAGACCCAGCUCGCUGCUCUGACCGUUGCCGCCUGGACCAACACCGGCACCUACGACCGUGACCUGUUCCCCACCUGGGACACCAUCUCCGGCACCUGCAACACCCGCGAGACUGUGCUCCAGCGUGAUGGCACCAACGUCGUUGUCAACUCUGCCUGCUCCGCGACCAGCGGUACCUGGAAGAGCCCUUACGACGGUGCCACCUGGACCGCCGCUAGCGAUGUUGACAUUGACCACAUGGUUCCCUUGAAGAACGCUUGGAUCUCUGGUGCCGCAUCGUGGACCACUGCCAAGCGUGAGUCGUUUGCCAACGAUCUCACCCGCCCCCAGCUGUGGGCUGUCACGGAUGAGGUCAACCAGUCCAAGAGCGACAAGAGCCCCGACUCGUGGAAGCCCCCUCUGACCAGCUUCUACUGCACCUACGCCCGCUCCUGGGUUGCGGUCAAGAGCUACUGGGCCCUCACCGUCACCUCUGCCGAGAAGACUGCCCUCACCUCCAUGCUCAACACCUGCUAA